AUGGACGCGAGAGUGAAUUGAGUAUUUAUAAAAUUUUAAAAGUGAUAAGGAUAAUUUUAACUAUUAUUUUUUUUUAAUAUACCGGAACCCACCUGCGAUUAGAAACAGACUGUGAAUGAUUUAUUUGUUUCAAUUUUGUAUUAUUGUGAAUGUCAAAGUAUUGGCCAACCAAACAAGCGACCGGCUUAAAACAGAUUGUGCCAAUAUCAUAAACAAAAAAUUAUUAAUCUUAAAAAAUAUAUUUAUCGUGGACACUUGGACAAAAGAAAUUUAAAUUCAGAAAAAGAUAAAAAUGGAGAAACGAUUUUUGGAAAAUCCAUUUCCCGACUAUAUCAGUCCAGAUAGUACUCCUAUAGUUUUGGAUGAGGAACACGUUAAGAAUCUUAUUUGCACAUAUAUAGAUGCAAUCAUGGAAUGCUGUCAAAUAGGCAAUGCGGAAGAAGACCAUAGAGGAGAUUUAUACGUAGGAAAUGCUGGAAUUGCCUUUAUGUUCUGGAAAUUAUCAAGGUCGGAGAAUACUAAAGAUCUUUAUCCAGCACUUGAGCAUGCAGAAACUUUUAUUCGCAAUGCUAAAUGCAAUGCAGAUCGAUACAAAAAACGUUCGGCAGAAAGGUAUUCAUUUCUGUGUGGAAAUGCUGGAAUUUUUGCUGUUUCUGCAGCAAUCUCCCAUGAUCUAAAACAUAUGGAAGAGUUAUCCGAUGACUUGACAAGCUUUAAGUCUGGUAUACCAUCCAGCAAAGAAUUUAUGCAUACUAAAUAUGGUUGCGAUGAAGUUCUAGUAGGCCGAGCAGGUUUUCUUUCUGGAUGUUAUUGGCUUAAUGAUAUACUUUGUGAGAAAAAAAUAACUGAUGAUGACAUAAUAUCUAUUUGUCAAAUGAUAAUUAACAGCGGAAGAGAAUACGCUAAAAAAACCAACGCCCCAUUGCCUCUAAUGUACCAGUACCACGGAACAGAAUAUUUAGGUGCUGCUCACGGUGUGUGCGCAAUUUUGCAUAUGUUAUUAGAUAGCCCUUGGUUUCGUACAGAUCCAAUAUCAGCACCCAGUGCAGAAUUACGCGACAUAAAACGUUCAAUAGAUUUCUUUUUAACGCUUCAAGAUUCGGAGGGUAAUUUUCCCGUCGCAUUGGAGGAUUUAAAAAGUGGUCGUGAAAAACGUCUAGUGCAUUGGUGUCAUGGUGCGCCAGGAGCAGUAUAUUUACUUGCUAAAGCAUAUCUAAUAUUUAAGGAGGAUAAAUACUUGCAGGCUUUGCGCCGCUGCGCUGAUUUGGUGUGGAAGAAAGGUUUUUUACGUAAGGGGCCUGGCAUUUGCCAUGGUGUUGCUGGAAACGGGUACGUUUUCUUAUUACUCUAUCGCUUAACAAACGAACCCAAGUAUUACUACCGCGCCGUCAAAUUUAUGGAAUUGUUAACUGAUUCUGAAUUUAAACAUCGUGCGCGUACUCCGGAUCGACCACAUAGCUUAUAUGAAGGUGUGGCUGGAACAGUUUGCUACUUGAUAGAUUUGCUAAAUCCACAGCAGGCUCAUUUUCCCUUCAUGGACGUUUUUCAUUAGUAUUUUGCUGCUUAAAAAAUUGAAGGAACGAAUUUGUUAUAGUAUCGAAUGUACUACUAUAUUGAAAAAUGAGCACAAGAGCGGUGCAGAUUUACAAAGCAUAUCAGGGAAUACUCAAGUGUCAGAUAUACGUUAUCAAAAAUUGUAACUUGUAUUACCCUUAAGUUUUUUGACUUCGUUAAAAAGGAAAUCAAUUUUGUGACAUUACAAAUUAUGAUAUUGCAUGACCUUUAAAAGAGUUAAAUAACCGAAAAAUUACCCAAAAAAUGUUUGCUAACAAUUUAUAUUAUAUAAUAUAUACUCCAAAACGUAUGCAU